AUGGCUACUGAUCGCGAAAGUAAAACUUUCCUCGCGAGGCUCUGUGAGCAGGCCGAGCGCUAUGAUGAGAUGGUCAACUAUAUGAAAGAGGUGGCCAAUAUGGGCGGAGAGCUGUCUGUCGACGAACGAAACCUCCUUUCGGUUGCCUACAAGAACGUGGUCGGGACCCGUCGUGCUUCCUGGCGUAUCAUCUCCUCGAUCGAGCAGAAGGAGGAGUCCAAAGGCUCGGACAAACACGUCGCCACCAUCCGUGAAUACCGUCAGAAGAUCGAGAGCGAACUCGAGAAAGUCUGCCAAGAUGUCCUCGAUGUCUUGGAUCAAGCCCUCAUCCCCAAAGCUGAGUCGGGAGAAUCCAAGGUCUUUUAUCACAAGAUGAAGGGAGACUAUCACCGAUACCUUGCUGAGUUCGCGUCGGGAGAGAAGCGCAAGGUUGCUGCCACUGCCGCUCAUGAGGCUUACAAGAAUGCGACCGAUGUUGCACAGACCGAACUCACCCCGACCCAUCCUAUCCGUCUCGGUCUUGCGCUCAACUUCAGCGUCUUUUACUACGAGAUCCUCAACUCGCCCGACCGUGCUUGCCACCUUGCCAAGCAAGCCUUUGAUGAUGCCAUCGCCGAGCUCGACUCGCUUUCUGAGGAAUCCUACCGUGACAGCACCCUCAUCAUGCAGUUGCUCCGAGAUAACUUGACCUUGUGGACAUCGUCCGAUGGAGCUGAAGGCGAGGCAGGCCCAGCUGGCGAGGCAUCCAAAGAGGAGAAGCCUGCGGAGACUGCUGCAGCACCAGCGGAGCCGGAGAAGACAGAGGCUGCCCCUGCUUCCUAG